GACACCCAAGCUGUAAGCUCGAGCUCCCCACUGCGAAUCGGCCCAAAACUCCAAAAGCUCUGCGCUUUCUGCCCCCUCUUCUCCCCGAGAUCCCAUCCAUGGCGGCCGCCGCGCCUCGCCUCCGGAUCUGAGCCUGUCUAGCUUCCGCGGGAUCCUCUUCUGACGCUUCCGCUCCGCUGUCCGACCGCUGCACGGUUCUUUGCCGUCCAAGAUUCGCAGCUCAGUUUCUUGGGGUCGGUAGUGGGUGGUCGGUUGUUGUCCGUGGCUUGGCCAUGGAGUGUUGAAACGGGUCUUUGAUGCAAGCAGUGGGCGCCCGCGCUCUGCUGCCGCCGCCGCCAUGUGGAAGCAGUUUCUUGGCAAGAUCUCGCGGAAGUCUCCCAAAUCCGGCAGCGGCUCGCCGCCGCAGAAGUUCCCGCCGUCGCGUGUAGCCAAUGGGGCUGAAGCGGAGCUGAGAGCGUCGCCUCCGCCGCAGGCGUCAGCCGUCGCCGCGGCGCCUGGGGCGGAGACCAGGGAGGACGUGUUCCUCCGCAAGCUCAACGUCUGCUGCGUGGUGUUCGACUUCGCCGCCGAGCGGGGGAGGGAUUCGCCGGAGUUGGAGAGGAAGCGGCUGGUGCUCUUGUCCCUCGUCGACUGCGUCUCCGCGGCCGAGGAGCCCCUCACGGAGGCGAUGAUCUCGGCCUGCGUCCGAAUGUUCGCCAUCAACCUCUUCAGGGUCUUCCCGCCCAAGCUCCGCUCCUGCGGCGCCACUGAUGAGGACGAGCCAUUCUUUGACCCCUCCUGGUACCACCUGCAGGUCGUGUAUGAGCUGUUGCUCCGGUUUGUGAUGUCGCCUGUUGUCGAUGUGAAGGUUGCUAGGAAGUACAUGGACAAUUCAUUCAUCUCUAGGCUUCUGGACCUGUUCGAUUCUGAUGACCCUAGGGAGAGGGAAUGCUUGAAGACGGUUUUGCAUAGGAUAUAUGGAAAGUUCAUGGGCAAUCGACCAUUUAUCCGCAAGGCGGUGAGCAACAUCUUUUAUAGGUUUGUGUUUGAGACGGAUCAUCACAAUGGGAUUGCUGAGCUGUUGGAGGUGUUUGGGAGCGUGAUUAGUGGUUUUGCAAAGCCUCUGAAGGAGGAGCAUAAGUUGUUUCUGUGGAAGGCGUUGAUUCCACUUCACAAGCCGAAGACAGUUGGAGUGUAUUUGCCACAGUUGACAUACUGCAUUACACAGUUUAUUGAGAAGGAACCGAAGCUCACAGGGACUGUUAUCAGAGGCCUCCUGAAGUACUGGCCGGUGACGAACAGUCAGAAGGAGAUGAUGUUCUUGGGUGAGUUGGAGGAGGUGCUGGAGUUGACAGAAACGGCUGACUUCCAGAAGUGUGUGGUUCCCUUGUUUCGCAGGAUUGCGCAAUGCCUGAAUAGCUCUCAUUUUCAGGUUGCUGAAAGGGCCUUAUUCCUGUGGAAUAAUGAACAUUUGUUUGACCUGAUUUCCCAAAACCGCCAAGUUAUCCUGCCAAUAAUAUAUCCUGCUCUGGAAAGGAAUGCUCGUUGGCACUGGAAUCAGUCGGUUCUAAAUGUAACAAUGAAUGUGAGGAAAAUGUUCUUCGAAAUGGAUGAGAGAUUGCUGCUAGCUUGUCAGACCAAUUUCCAAGAGGAGGAAAAGAAGCGAGCUGCAUCUGAGGAACGAAGAAGGCUUGUAUGGGAGCACCUAGAGAGGAAUGCUGCAUUUCAUCCAGUAACCGGAGACAUUGGCUUUGCAGUUCCUCCUACAUCUGCUCCUCUGGUGGCUCCCACUAUGACAUGAUUAAUCAUGGGUUCAGAUGUAUUUCAUUAUGCUUGAUUGUUAGCUAGCUAUGGGUGUUUGGUGUUGCACAAGGAAUUUUGUUGCCUUUGUAAGCGCCUUGUGCCAAAGUCUGUAAUUAAUAGUUGCUGGUUUGACAACGAUACUUGAUUCUUUGGUGUACUCUCAAGUUAUGGACAUAUCUGUCUGUCUCAAGAUAAUGUCCAGUUCUACUUGACUGGAGCGGUGAGAAAGUGAUUUAUUUCCUUGGAAAUUUUCGGGUGGAUCUGAAUAGCUAAUGGCAUGUUGAUGUGGAUGUCUUCUUUAUAUCUUGGAUUCUGAUGGAUCUACGUAAAUGUUACAGUUGAUGGAAGACCAUGCAAUGAGGGCACUGGAAAGGUGCCUGGAGCUGCCGACACAUUGCAAGUUGGAAAUGCCUAUAAAGAAGGCUUCAUAUCCACACAUGACUAACAGACCCUCCAUACAGCUCCCUGCUUUGUUCAGAGCCCCUUUCCUUUACUCCUUGCAUUCUGGAGAUACUUGAACAGCGAGCUCCAUAUAGAAAACAAGAUGUACAACCCUCCAAGUGCUCAGGACAUGUCCUACUACGAUCAUGUUCAGAAGCGGCAUGAGGAGAAGGGCUGCCUAUAUGCAUGCCUGUUCGCUGCGUGCUGCUGCUUCUGUUGCUACGAGACCUGCGAGUGCUGCCUCGAGACCAUCUGCUGCUGCUGCUAGUCCAGCUCGAGGACAUCCAUCAUGGAGAUGUGGCCAAGCGGGACAUUCAGCGCUGUCCCAUAUAUGGGCCAUGGCUCUCAAUAAAAUGCUGUACUUGUGCAAGUAUGUUAAAAACGUAUUACUGUCUGUAUGUAGUGUUGGUGUCUCUGCAUAUUUGUGUUGAAAAUGUGUUGUAAAAUACUGUAAAUCUGUUGUAUCUUGGUCAGACGAAUGCAUCAUUGUAUAUUUGUAUCCACAAAAAAAAAAGAUGAAUGCAUCAUUGUGAUCCCCCUGUAUCAAAAUGAAA